CUUGACAUUUUGUUUGAAUGAUUGUGACAGGCCCAUGUUUUACCGGUUUGGCGUACUACCGCUAUUUAUUUAGCAGGCGUGCGCGUUCACGCGAAGGAGGAGUAUUUCGGCACAACACCGGGACGCCAUACCUGACCGAGAAUACAUUCACCCCCGGUUUCACACCCAAGAUUAUGGAAGGCGAGAAAAAACAACUAACCAAUGGUUUCCACUAGAUAGAACAGUCAACAUUGCUGUCGUAAAAAUGAUCGAAAACAAAAAUUCGCUUGAAUUCGCUUUUUCAAAAAUUUAAGGCUAGGUUUAGGCAUAUGGUUAGCAGUGGGAUUGCGGUUAGGUUUUAUAUCAGGUUUUAAGAAGAUACUUUGUAGAAAUACUUUUUUUUUCAUAAUGGGGUUGGCUAACUUCCGGAUACUACUUCCGGGUUUGUGCCUAGCUAGCUGCAUGUGUUUUUAGCAUUAUGCCGCUCAUAGUAAUGUGUGGUUUUCCAUGUAGUGGCAAAACACGAAGAGCGGUGGAAUUACAAGAAUAUUUUGAACGGAAUACAGAGAGAAAGGUUCACAAUGUAGGAGAUGGAACGUUGGGAAUUGAGAAGAACGCUGUAUACGCAGAUUCUCAGAAUGAGAAAAAUGUAAGAGGAUCUCUAAGAGCUGAAGCAGAGAGGAGAAUCAACAAAGAGGAUAUUGUAAUUCUGGAUUCAUUGAACUAUAUCAAAGGCUACAGAUAUGAACUUUUUUGUCUGAUCAAACACACACAGACGCCUCACUGUCUGGUUUAUUGUUUGACGUCAGCCGAAGUGAGCUCAACAUGGAACACAGAAAGGGAUGUUGAAGAGCAGUACACUCAGGAGAUCCUAGAUGCGCUGGUGCUGAGAUUUGAAACUCCAGACUCCAGGAACAGAUGGGACAGUCCACUUUUCACCAUUCAGAAAGAAGACACACUUCCAUUUGAAGCCAUCUCUGAUGCCAUCUUCAAAAGGAAAGCACCCCCUCCUAACCAGUCGACACAGAGUCAACCACUGUCAUCUACAAACUUCUUGUAUGAGCUGGACAAAGUCACACAAGAUGUGUUGAUGGCAAUUCUCAACUCCCAGAAGACAAGUGUUCCAGGGGAUCUCAUUGCUGUUCCAGGAGCUACAGAAAAGAUAGAACUGACCAGAAGUCUAAACAUGGCAGAGCUCCGGAAACUACGACGCCAGUUCAUCAGCUACACCAAGAUGCACCCGACAGAGAAUAUUGGACACAUUGCUAACAUGUUUGUACAGUAUCUAAACAAGAGUAUACAUUGAUGACUUUUUAUUUUAACGCCUUUGGUUCAGGUCAAUAAAAUUAAGGGAAUGCCUUGUAUGAUAUGUUUACAUUGUCUGAGACAAGUACAUUCAUUUUAAGUGUCUUUGUGUGUCUCUUAAUGUGUUUCAGAGGCUGCAUCGAAAUGGAUCAUAUUUAGCUGUUAAUGUUUCACAAAAUUAUAUAAGACUGCAAACUUAUUAGAGUAGUUGGCAGAUUUUUUGGGUAAAUCUGUAACAAUCGGUCUAUUAAUUAGUACAAUAUAAAUAUUCUUUAUCCAGUUUAUUUUUGUCCUUAGGAGGCCAAUGCAAGAUGUUUCUAUUGGGGUUUUCCCCAUUGGUUUCAUAUACUAAGCAGUCUUUACACAAAGCAUAGAUUAAAGUGACACGGCAUGACUGCUCAAUUUCUUCGUUUGUAAUAUUGUAUAUUUGUCAAUACGCAUUGAUUAUUGCUUUUAUUUCUAUACUAGUCUAACAUUGUGGGUGCAAUGUAUAAUUCAUAAUACAAAACUACAAAACCAUA